AUGAACUAUGAGCCGACACAGCGCCAGGACAUCCAGGAACGUGGCGACGCGCAGCGACUGAGCGAAAUUCACGAUCGCCCCCCUACCAACGUGCCUGGUUAUGAGACCCAGCAAUUCAUCGGAGCCGGGGCCUACGGCGAAGUCUGGACCGCGGUCGACAAAAACACCGGGCGUAAAGUGGCCAUCAAGUUCUACGCCCAUCGUGGUGGGCUCGAUUGGUCGCUGCUCUCGCGAGAAGUCGAGAAGCUUUGCUUCUUGUUUGCCGACCGGUACAUCGUGCAACUGCUCGAUGUGGGUUGGGAAGCUGAACCUCCAUACUACGUGAUGGAGUACAUGGAGUCCGGCGCACUCGAGGACCAUCUCGCCGACGGUCCCCUGCCCGUCGACCAGGCGUUGACCCUCUUCCGCGAAGUUGCCAUCGGUCUGCGUCACGCUCAUGACAAAGGCGUGCUGCACUGCGACUUGAAACCGGCCAACGUGUUGCUCGACCAUGAUGGGAAGCCACGGCUGGCCGACUUUGGUCAAUCGCGCCUCUCCCACGAACAGGCCCCUGCCCUGGGUACGUUGUUCUACAUGGCACCCGAGCAAGCCAGUCUGGAAGCAGUUCCGAACGCGGCUUGGGACGUUUAUGCCUUAGGGGCCUUGUUCUACUGCAUGCUCACCGGCGCGCCCCCUCAUCGAACCAGUUCCGCAGAAACUUCGCUCGACGGCUCGCUUGCUCUGGAAGAACGGCUCGAGCGGUAUCGCGACAUCAUUGAGAAGUCGCCCCUGCCGCGUGAACACCGUCGCGUGGCGGGCAUGGACCGCCAUCUGGCCGAAAUAAUCGAUCGUUGUCUUGCGACGGACCCUAAGAAACGUUUUGCCAACGUUCAGGCCGUGCUCGACGCCCUGGAGCGACGCCGUUUACGUCGGGCUCAGCUUCCGCUGCUCGUGUUGGGAGUAGGAGCCCCCAUCCUGCUGCUGUUUGUGAUCUCCCUGUUUGCCUAUAACGGGUUCUCCACCGCACUCAACGAAUCGGAAGCGGCCGUGAUCGGGCGAGCGUUGGAGAGCAAUCGUUUCGCCGCGCAAUUCGUCGCCGAUAACGUCGCAGGUCAAAUCAACCAUCGUUGGCAAAUGCUCGAGCAAGAGGCCAACAGCCCGGAAAUGCGAGAUCUCCUAACAGCGGCCUAUGACAAGCCAUUCGAUUCACCCGAGCGCGAAGCACUCCAAGCACUGAUUAGCGAUCUGCGAAUGCGGCAUCCGGAUGCGGAUGCCACGAGUUGGUUCAUUACGGACAAGGAAGGCAAGCAACUCGCUCGUUAUCCCAUGGGCAAGACCAUCGACCAGAAUUACGCCUUCCGCGAUUACUUUCAUGGAGAAGAACGUGAAGUAAUCGGGGUUCUGGCGAUGACUGCCGAGUUGGGCACCUUCGCCGAAUUGCGACCCGAAUACGGUUCGUCCGCCGGGCAGUUCGCCGUGCUGGUGGAUAGCCGUCAAGACUGGCAAGGCAGACGCGGCUCUGUGAUUGAGCAUCCCGAGUUGGCCCAUCGCAUGAAGGGCAAUUCGGGAGCCAUCCCGGAGGUCUACCUCCCACCCGAGGAACUGAAGACCUUGGAUCGACUUCAUCCGCUCAAGCUGGAAGUGGUUCAAGAAAGCGAACGUAACCGAUCUAAUGGUGUUUCCACGAUCCCCGUCACAGCCCACAUGGGUUCCGACUCCGAACGCGGCUUCGGUGCCGACGACGCCUCGCCAACCCGAGAGGCACUGGCCAAGGCAGACCCCGAAAGUCAGGAACAAGCGGCAGAUAGUGUUCCCUCGAAUCCGGUACGUCCGCGCAGCGAGGUGCCUACCGAGCCAAGCUUGUCGGAGGAAGAUCGCGCUCGCAACCAGUUGAUGCAAGAGUUGGCGAUCCGCAGCCAUUAUGUCGACCCGGUAGGAGAGAACUAUCAGGGCCGUUGGCUGGCCGCAGUCGAACCAGUGAUUGUGGAAGACCGUCCGCCAGCGAUCGCAGACACCGGUUGGGCCGUGAUCGUGCAGGAGCGCUACAGUGCCGCGUCGCGUCCGGUAUGGGAGUUGGCCCCACGCCUGAGACGAAUGGGCUUGAUUGCGUUGACCGUUGUUGGAAUGCUGAUCGUCAUGCUGUGGGGCUUCGUGAUGGUGGUGCUGAACGAUGGCCCCCACUCGAAAGCCCUGGCCGGCAUUCGCCGCCGCAUCGGCUUGUCGUCGAUGCGGGGCAGCGGUGAUCGUACUGGUUCGCCGCGUUCAACCGAGUCGGCCCAUCAGGGACAAAAGUUACUCGUGGGAAGAGCCGCAGGCGUGUGGUCGGUUCCCUGGGACGAUCACGUCUCGCGACGUCACGCCGAACUACGUUUCGAGGGCGGUCGCCUUGUGGUCGAUCGCUUGCCCAACGCUUUGAACCCGAUCUUCGUUCGCGGGGUGGAACGCGAUCAUUUCGAAAUCAACCCGGGCGAUCACUUCGUCAUCGGCAAAACUCGCUUUAGCCUGACCGACGACAAGGCCGAAGUCUCACUCGCCAUCCCACAGCCCGUGCGGGAGCAGGCUUACAGUUCCCAGUACCUGCAUCACGUCCAGUUUCGCAAUGCCGACCAGCGAAUCGAAGUGCUGAGUCGCCUCCCUGAUGUCAUCUCCGGCUCGGCGAACGACCGGGAACUCUAUGUGCGGUUGAUCAACCUGCUGCUGGUGGGGCUCGCCAGGGCUUCGGCUGUGGCCCUGGUCGAAGUCGACGCGGCUGCCACGGGCGAUUCUAAAGUUCGGGUAUUGCAGUGGGAUCGUCGCUUCUCGGGCGGAAGGUUCCAGCCCAGCCAGCGGCUCAUCCUCCGCGCCAUCAAACGCAAGCAAAGCAUGCUUCACGUGUGGGGAGCCGGCGACGGCGAGGCGUCGAUCACAGCGAUGACCGUCGAUGAGCACUUCGAUUGGGCUUUUUGUGUUCCCACCCCCUCUAGCGGCUCGACAACGCUCGCGAUCUACGUGGCCGGAACAUUCGCCGACGAACGCGGACCCACGCCAACUCCGUCAGAUCCAGCCGACCUACGCGACGAUUUGAAGUUCACCGAGUUGGUUGCAUCCAUCGUCGGUUCGCUUCGCAGCGCCCAUCAACUGCAGCGGCGGCACGCCAGCCUGAGCCAGUUCUUCGCCCCGGCGGUGCUCGAUGCCCUUACGGCCGAAGACGACCCCGAGGUGGCGCUGACUCCCCGGGAGACGCAUGUCACCGUGAUGUUCUGUGACUUGCGAGGCUUUUCACUCAACGCUGAGCAAAGUCGGGACGAUCUGUUGGGGUUGCUCGAUCGCGUGAGCGGUGCCUUGGGGGUAAUGACGCACCAUAUUCUGGAACAAGGCGGUGUGAUAGGCGAUUACCAGGGCGACGCCGCGAUGGGUUUCUGGGGAUGGCCUCUCUCGCAAGAAGAUGCGGUCGAACGUGCAGUGAGGGCAUCGCUGGCGAUUCGUAAGCACUUUGAAGACGCCUCGACCCAGGAAGAUUCCGAUACGGCUCAGUUCCGCGUGGGCAUCGGCAUUGCCACCGGUCCGGCGGUGGCCGGCAAGAUUGGAACGCUCGAGCAAGUGAAAGUCACGGUGUUCGGCCCCGUGGUGAACCUGGCUUCACGGCUCGAAAGCAUGACCAAAAUGCUGAAUGUCCCUAUCCUCAUCGACGAACUCACCGCCGAGCGGCUACGGGCGAUGCCGAAAGAAGAAGCUCGCUGCCGCCAGCUGGCAGUGGUGAAGCCCUAUGGGCUCGAUACCCCGUUGGCCGUGUCUGAAGUGGUUCCUCCGCUGGAAGAUUUGCCGAGCCUUACCGACGAGCAAAUCGCCAGCUACGAGGCGGCUGUCGAUGCCCUGGUGGCCGGCAAGUGGGAUGAGACCUACCGGCAGUUACAUCGCAUUCCACCGGAAGAUCGUGCCAAAGACUUCCUUACCGUCUACGUCGCACGGCACAAUCGUCAGGCACCCAGCGACUGGCCCGGUUACAUUGCGAUGACGAGCAAGUAG